UAUUGCGUUGAGUGAGGUUAUAAUAACGGGGGCGGCUGGCAGUGGAGGCCUGGCGACUCUUGAGGACUUGAGGAGGUACACCACGGCGAGCCCCUGGACGACCCCUGUGUCACUGUACCGUGCAUUUUACUAGCCCUAGAGUGCAGCAUUAUUAUUUUUCCCGUCGUCUGGCGGUGUAUUAUAAAACUCCAGGCUUCGGAGUUUUUUUUUCCGGUCCACGGGAACAUCGGGGUGCAUAGGGCACUGCCUGGUAGCCAGCCCUGCACCAGCACCAGGGCGAGCCUCGAGGGCUAUGAUGGUCACCACGCGCCCAGGGCUAUAGUCUCCUCCAUACAUGUAUUGGAAUUGUUGCAGUGAAGCCGGAAUAUAUUUUCACAAUGCUCAAGUCUGAGAAAAUGACUGUGGAUGGGCGAGUAAAGACUCUGAUCGACAACAACUCCAGACUAGGCCACAGAGCUCUAUUAGUAACUCUGGGAAAUGACUCCAGAGAACAGGUUAUGAUCAUUCAUCAUUUAAUCUCCAAGUCAUCUGGUGAGCGACCGUCAAUACUUUGGUGUCACAAGAAGGAUUCUGAUGUUCCAAGACAAAGCCGGAAACACUUGAAGAAACUUGAGAAAAGCCUCAAGUCUGGAAAGAGUGACAUCUCUAAAGAAAAUGCAUUUGAUCUUUUUCUCUUAUCAACAUGUGUGAGGUAUUGCUCUCUCUCAGACACACAGAAACUCUUGGGAAGCACAUUUGGAAUGUGUGUAAUACAGGAUUUUGAAGCUGUGUCCCCUAACAUAUUAUGCCGCAUUGUGGAAACCGUUGCUGGUGGAGGUGUUAUCGUAGUUGCUAUGCCAGCGUUGCAAUCCUUGAGGGAUCUUUUCUCUCUUUCCAUGGAUGUUCAUAGUAAAUUAAAGACAUAUUCACACCCUCUUAUUAGCCCACUAUUUAAUGAAAGAUUUGUCCUCUCCCUGGGAUGGUGCAAAUCUUGCUUGAUUUUGAAUGACCAGCUUCAGAUUAUUCCUGAAGUGCCAUCACUGUGUGGCCCUGUUCAACCAGUGAGCCCUGUGCUAUUAGACGAGGCCAAGGCAUCUCAAGUCAGGCUGUUGGAUCUGCAGAAGAGCCUUGAGGAUGGUGACAAGCCACUUCCUCAGCUAGUAAGCUGUUGUAAAACAGUAGACCAAGCCAAAGCCAUUCUAAAAAUGAUCGAUGUAAUCACAGAAAGGAGUGGACGAGCAACUGUAUCAGUCACUGCAGGCCGUGGUCGAGGCAAGUCGGCCGCCUUGGGUCUGGCUGUGGCAGCUGCAGUCCAUUUUGGUUUGAACAACAUUUUUGUCACCAGCCCCUCACCAGAAAACCUUGGCACAUUUUUUGAAUUUGUCUUUAAAGGUUUUGAUGCUUUGGAGUAUGAAGAGCAAACUGAUUAUGAGGUGAUUCAGUCAACCAAUAUUGACUAUCAUGAAGCAGUUGUUCGUGUGAACAUUUUCAGAGAGUAUCGUCAAACCAUCCAAUAUGUGGACCCAAGUCAUUCAGGCAAGCUAACUCAAGCAGAGUUGUUGGUGAUAGAUGAAGCAGCUGCUAUUCCUCUGUCUCAUGUGAAGUCAUUGAUUGGUUCUUACAAUGUCAUCAUGGCAUCCACAAUUAAUGGAUAUGAGGGAACUGGUCGAUCACUCUCACUCAAACUGCUGCAACAGCUGAGGGAGCAGACAGGUGGAUCAGGAGCAACAUCUGCACUAACAGAAGCUUCCACAGUCUCAAGUCGAGCCUUAUAUGAGUUAACACUUGAAGAGAGUGUGCGGUACAAGUGUGGUGACCCUGUUGAGAGUUGGUUACAUCAAUUGUUGUGCUUGAAUGCAACCUCUAGUAUUUCAUAUACCACAACUUGUCCUCCUCCACAAAACUGUCAACUCUACUAUGUUAGUAGAGACGUGUUGUUCAGUGGUCAUCGCGAGAGUGAAGAGUUUUUGCAAGAAGUAAUCUCCCUGCUGGUAGCGUCUCACUACCGCAACUCCCCCGAUGACUUGCAGGUGCUGAGUGAUGCUCCGGCACACCACCUCUUCGUGUUGCUCCCGCCCAUCCUCACUGGCAUGACAGCCCUGCCAGCUGUCUUAGCAGUUAUACAGGUGUGCAUAGAGGGAAGAAUUCCAGCAUCAGUAUCGAGUGCAUGCAAGAAUCGUGGCGAACGUCCGUCUGGUGACCUGGUACCCUGGUGCCUAGCCUCACAGUUUUUAGAUUGUAAUCUCACCGAACUUACAGGAGCAAGGGUUGUGAGAAUAGCAACACAUCCAGACUAUCAAUCAAUGGGCUAUGGAUCAAGAGCCAUCAACCUUCUUAGUGACUACUAUAAAGGAAAGCACCUUACUCUUGAUGACGAGCAGAACUCCACACCUACUACAGAUAAAGCUAGCUCUAAUGGAGAUGUUAUUGUGCCUCGUAAAAGAGAAGAACCCCUUUUAUCCAAGUUGGGUGAAAGGGUACCAGAACAUGUAGAUUAUUUGAGUGUGUCAUAUGGAGUUACGCUACCACUCCUGAAGUUCUGGAACCGAGCUGGUUACCUUCCAUUGUACAUCAGCCAGGUAGUAAACAAGAUAACAGGCGAGCACAAUUGUGUUAUGGUUCAGCGUGUUGAAGAUAGUGAAGGUGAUAGCAACAUAACCAAGACCAAUUCUUGGAUGGAUAAGUUGUCGCAAGAGUUUCUGAGACGAUUUCUUUCUCUUCUUGGCGGGCCACUCCACGAUCUGUCUCCAUUAUUAGCCCUUGCAGUUAUUCAAGCUCACCUUGGCACAAUUAAUGCAAAAGAAAUUGAAUGGCGGGAGUUGAAGACUAUGAUAUCAGGACACGAUCUUCAGCGUCUGGAGAAAUAUUCAAAGAACCUUGCUGAUCGUCACCUUAUCAUGGACUUGCUUCCAAGUAUUGCAAAUCUGUUUUUCAUGAAGAAAAUUCCAACAGUGCAUUUAUCUCCAUUGCAGUGUGGCCUUUUGGUUGGUUUGGGACUGCAGCUGAAAAGUUUUGAUGAAGUCAUCAAACCACUUGACCUUCCAAUAGAAUCUGCUCUUGGGCAGUUUAAUCGUGCCAUUCGUCGUCUGUUAAAGGCCCUGUCAACUAUUCAGGAAACUGCUCUUGCUCGUCACCUUCCCAAAUCCACAGCUACACUUGUCGAGUUUAAACCUGUGUCUAUUUCACUUCACCAGGAUCUUGAAGAAGCGGCAAAGGAUUAUGAGGAUGAGAGAAAAGGGAAAAGUCUGCCAGUUGGUUCCAAGUUGCUGGGAGACAUCAGAAAGUUUGCCAUUCAGGGUAAUGAUACAGCAUGGGAGACAGCGCUUCAGGAAGGCCCAGGCAGCAUUAUUAGUGUCAAGAGCACCAAACGACCAGCUUCGAUGACAGAGGAGCAACUGGAACUUGAGCUGGAACAACCCACUAAAAAGAAGGACAAAAUUAAAGAUACAAGAGAAAGAAUGACAAAGAAAAAAUUUGACAAGAGAAGUAGAUUGACAUAAUAUUUUAUGAAACUAAAAAAAUAAUGAACAAAA